CAAACGAGCACAGCAAACUCGCAAACUAGCGACUGAUUCAAUUGACAGCUGAUGAGAAAAUUUGAAUGUGUAUGCAAGAGUGAUUAUUAUAUAAAGAUACAAACGUCAAUAUAUCAAAUAUAUGUAAAGCAAUAAUUAUUUCUCGAAAUAUAUUGCUUUCUAAGUCGGGUAAUAGCAUUUGACAAAUAUGGCCAAACAUCAUCCAGAUUUGAUUUUCUGUCGUAAACAGCCGGGAGUCGCUAUCGGUCGACUUUGUGAGAAAUGCGAUGGCAAGUGUGUCAUUUGCGAUUCUUAUGUGAGACCCUGCACACUAGUCAGAAUAUGUGACGAGUGUAAUUAUGGUUCUUAUCAGGGACGUUGUGUGAUAUGUGGAGGUCCCGGCGUAUCGGACGCGUAUUAUUGUAAAGAAUGCACAAUACAAGAGAAAGAUAGAGACGGCUGUCCUAAAAUAGUUAAUCUAGGAAGUUCAAAGACAGAUCUCUUCUAUGAGAGAAAGAAAUAUGGAUUUAAAAGAAGAUAAUCGCAAGAUAUUGUAUUUCUCUAUGUAAUUUUGUUGAAUGUAACAUUGAGCAUCAGCUUCAUAUCUGACCAUUUGAAGUCUGUAACAUCCGUCCUCAUCCUGUGUAUAAUGGAAGCGUUUAUGUCCACUUGGUAAUUGCAAUUGAUGAGUUUCUAAAAGAUGUUUAGUCAAUCUAUAACUCUUCCGAUACUUAAUUGGACAUUCGUGACAACAGUACCAUCGCACCACUAAGCUGUGUACUCGUUCUACAUGCCUAUAAUAAAUUUGAUAAUUGCAAUAAACAAUUAAUAAAACAA